GUCAGCCAGCGAAGCUUGGCUCGGGACAACGAUAUUGUAGUGCACACCCAUACCACUUAUUCCUCAUUCUGGUGUAACGCCAACCAUGCACAACAGCAAUGUACUGAUGUUGGCCAUGGCCAAUAAACACAAGCCGAUAAAUCCAAGCUCAUGGGGAUUAUUCGGGAUAGAUUAUGGGAGUGGCUUAGCAGGCAUGCAUGGACGAAUGCUGCCCGUCUGGCGAAGCAAGGCAUCCGCACCAACAAAGCUUGGCAUUGGCGAUGCUACCUGACUUCGUCAGAAAGAGGCUGGGUGGCAAAAGCAUGGAAAUGAACUUGAUUCCCGGAACAGUGCAAUUAAAUGCUAACCGAAGACUGUAAAUCCCGCCAGAAGCUAACCAGAGGUGCUGUCUUGGUCACCAUCAACGACUUGCAGCCAUAUUUAAUGCAAGAGUGGCUACACAAGUUCCAUGGCCUUGGAAACUACUAUAAAAGAUUGUUAUCUGC